CAUUGUGUACAUAUAUACACAUGCAUAUAUGUACAUAUAUAUUGAUUCGUGGAGAAGCAUGUAUAUGUAAAAAAGAGACAAAAGGAAUAGAUGGAAAAAGGAGAGCCAUCUUUUGGAAAGGGCAAAAAGCAAAGCAGAAAAUUUUCUCGAAGGCGAAUCAUCUCUGCAUUCUUAUUCUUCACCAUCUUCCUUUGCAGACUUUGAAAAAAAAAAACUUUUUUGUUAUUAUUGAAGAAAACAGAAGCUUUUUGGUCGGAAAAUCAUCGUAUAUACACACAAGAUGGCUAGAUGUGGGAAGAGUACUAACGUUAACGGUAACGGAGUGAGACAGUACGUACGGUCGCCGGCGCCUCGCCUGAAAUGGACGCCGGAGCUUCACCGUUGCUUCGUUAACGCCGUUGAUUUGCUCGGCGGACAACACAUGAAUGAAACAGAAGCAACUCCGAAGCUUGUGCUUAGAAUGAUGGAUGUGAAGGGACUGACCAUUUCACACGUCAAGAGCCAUCUCCAGAUGUAUAGAGGGCCUAGACUCGCUUCGGGGAAACAAGAGGGGAAUUCUUCACUAAGGAGAAGACAAGACAGUGGCGAGGAACACGACGAUAUGUCUGUGCACACAAGGAAAGAUCGCCACUUGGCUCCUAAACCUUCUCUUUCUCAACAUCCAACUCCUAGGAGCAGAGGAAGAGCAGAGAAGAGGAUUAGCGUUUCGGCUUCAGAAGAAGAUGAUAAUGAGCUUCGCAUGAACAUGACAAUGCCCCAUUCCAUCAUAUUUCAUCCCCAUCUUCUCAAGGUUGAGGGCCCAGAAAAUGAGAAGAACAACUGGGAAAGUACCUGGCGGGAAGAUGAUGAUGAUGAUGAAGAAGAAGAAUGCUCAGACUGUGAGUUAUCUCUGUCGCUCUCAUUGAAUCAUCGUCUUCCAUCUUCACGAAGAAGCAACGGUUCAUCAGUCAGCGAAACCAGCGAAGCAGUUUCCUCUUGCUCCGCCCCCUUCUUCAAAGACUGCUCUGCUUCUUCUUCGGCUCAGCGUCGCAGUCUCGACUUAAAUCUCUCGAUUUCGCUCCUCGGUACCUGAAAUCGGUAUAGAUUAAGAUUAGUGCUAUAACAGUCAGAUAUCUUGGAACCCAAAUCGUGUUCGAUAGGAUUCUAGAUUUUCAGAGCGCGAAUUUGUGAUCGCGCGAGUCUUAAAUCUUUGUGGCAAACAAAACCAGAAAGAAGUAGAGGGCUAAACCAGUGAGAUGAUUGUAUUACAAUGGGAAGUAGCGUAAACGCGGAAAUUUUUCCAUGAAUAAACUGGGGAAACCAUUGGAAUGGC